AGCGGCCAUCGCUGCCAUUUUAAGUUGUUUGUUCUCGCUUCUCUUCUCAAACGCGACUCGGCCCCGGACCCGGGAGGCGCUGAAGUCGCUGUCGCCGCUUCCGCAGACACCGGUGGGGGGGAACCGACCUGUGCCACCGCGGAAGCCCACCCUCUGCUUCAGCAUCUCCCCCCUGCUGGUCUCCUCGACCUUCUUUCCGAGAGCCGGAACUCGACCCGUGCGGAGAAGAAAGACUCCAGAGCAGAUGCUUGAACUGAAAUAACUUUAUUUUGGGGGGUUUACUUCGCUGACAGACCCCCCCCUUAGCGCAGGGCUCCCCUCCCCUUCCUCCCUUCCCCCUCCGCCGCCAGUACAAAUCCGACCCCCCUCUUCCUCCUCGUUUCUCCUCCUCUCUUUCUCUCGCCGUUGCCGCCGUACCCGCGUCCUUCCAGUCCGCCGCCGCCCGGGGCGCCGAGCCAGACUAUGGGUCCCAGGUGGGGGCUGAGCGGCGGCAGCAGCGCGGGCGGCCCGGUCACAGUGCGCACUGCAGCGGGGAUGGAGGGGCUCAGUUGGCUGGUGGUGUUCUCUUGACAUGGCUCCUGCCCGUGCUGCGAGCAGCGCCCCCGCCGCCGCCGCCUCUUCCGCCGCCGCCACCGCUCCGCCCGCGGGCUGCGGCUAGAGGGCCCGAACCCCGCCCGAGAGUCGGUCAGUGAGUCCCGGUCUCCGCGGGGACAGGGAGGGGACUUCCCCGUCACCCACCCCCGCCCUAGCUGCCUCGAGUCCACCCUCUACCCCUUUGGGAAACCAACUAACGACCCCGCCCUAAGCAAUUCAAGCUCGGGAAACAUGGUCUGUUCAACGUGAGAGCGGAAUCCGGGAAUUUAAUUUUUUUUUCUUGGGGGGGGGUGGGGUGGGCAUACUUUAAAAAGUAAUUAAUAUUAACGCAACUAUUUUCUUUUCUUCUCACUGAUCCUUUCCAUUUACCCUCUCCCGCCUCCUCUACCCGGGCGGGGAUUGUUUCCACGAUGAAAUGAGUGAAAACCCGAGUGAUCCAGUGUCUCCCGUGGUGCGAGUGAGUCGCUGCCGCUGAAGGCAAAGGGUGGGGGUGGGACCUGGGGGGUGGAAGGCCGGUGGUCCCCGGGCACUGCCUGGGAUUUGGGAGAAGAGCCCGCCACCUUUGCCUCAGCAAUGCUCACAAGAAGAUAAGUCGCACUCCCCACGGUCUUGCACAGGGGCAGAUUCAUAGGGAAGGCUCCCUUGGGGAAUGUAGGACUCAUUGCAGGACUGGGGGUGUUGGGAUCCCGGGCAUUAAUCAGGUCUAACCACAGAGCCGGAGUCAUUACUGUAUCGUAUUCUGUACCCCCUUUCCCUGUGCCAUCAUGAUUCUCCUUGGCAGCAGCAUUAGCAGCCGCCUGAGGGUGAAAAUGUGGGUGAUGGGGAAGUUGGUAAUGACUCCGCUGUUUUUUCUUAUGGCUCCUUUGGGCAACAGCUGCCCGCCCCCGGUAUACACUGUAGUUGAUUGCAGGGAAACCCUGUACCUCUCCCCUUCCUUCUCUACCGAUUUUGCACUUUUCUCUUUGCUCACCACCAAGUGUAAUCAAUAACACGCACUGACAAUACAUAGCAAUAGUGAAAUCUGAAAUAACUAAGAAUUAAUUAGGUACUACAGCCAUGGAUCUGGCUGGGUAAAAUCCAAUUGGGUAUUUCAGUUUCAUUCACCUACCCUGUUUUGGGGGGGUUAUUUUGGUGGCUUUGUUUUUUCCUUUCCUUUUCUUUUUUCUUUUUUUUUUUUUUUGACAUUCAGAAAGCAAGGAUCACAGUCCCCCUCCCCAUUCCUUUUCAUUAUCCCUUCUCUGAAAAGAGGGAAAAAAAUCCGGAUGGAUUUUAAGGAUUGGACUGAUGUCAGCUGUGUUUUAUUGCACACCUAAAUCCUAUUAAUAGGCUUUUCCGUCCCCCCACCUUUAUUUUGGCAGUUAAGCCAAAUGUGUUUUCCAAAAAGUUAGUUCAAGUAUUUUCUCCUCUUUCUUUCCUUCCUUCCCUUCCUUUUUCCCAUCUGACCCCAAACGUUAUUGUCCAAACAUGACUGGACAGCAGCUUUUGUUUCUUGACCCUGUAAUAUGACAGUCUGCUAAUAUUGCCAGAAGGUGCAGUUUUUGGGUUACAGUCGUGAUUUUAGCUAUUCAAUCAUAUUAGCAGGAAAAAAAUGACUUGUUUCUGUUGUACUUGAGUCUUAAGAAAAAGUGCCCAUAGUUUAGUGACAAUUUCCAAAGGCUUUAGUACCACCUGUAUUUCAAAAUGGGGGACCCAAACUCCCGGAAGAAACAAGCUCUGAACAGACUACGUGCUCAGCUUAGAAAGAAAAAAGAAUCUCUAGCUGACCAGUUUGACUUCAAGAUGUAUAUUGCCUUUGUAUUCAAGGAGAAGAAGAAAAAAUCAGCACUCUUUGAAGUGUCUGAGGUUAUACCAGUCAUGACAAAUAAUUAUGAAGAAAAUAUCCUGAAAGGUGUGCGAGAUUCCAGCUAUUCCUUGGAAAGUUCCAUAGAGCUUUUACAGAAGGAUGUGGUACAGCUCCAUGCUCCUCGAUACCAGUCUAUGAGAAGGGAUGUAAUUGGCUGUACUCAGGAGAUGGAUUUCAUUCUUUGGCCUCGGAAUGAUAUUGAAAAAAUUGUCUGUCUCCUGUUCUCUCGGUGGAAAGAAUCUGAUGAGCCUUUUAGGCCUGUUCAGGCCAAAUUUGAGUUUCAUCACGGUGACUAUGAAAAACAGUUUCUGCACGUACUGAGCCGAAAGGACAAGACUGGAAUUGUUGUCAACAAUCCUAACCAGUCAGUGUUUCUCUUCAUUGACAGACAGCACUUGCAGACUCCAAAAAACAAAGCUACAAUCUUCAAGUUAUGCAGCAUCUGCCUCUACCUGCCACAGGAGCAGCUUACCCACUGGGCAGUUGGCACCAUAGAGGAUCACCUCCAUCCUUACAUGCCAGAAUAGAGUGCUGACCAGCAAAAUGGAGAAGAUCAGAGAGUGCAGCAGCAGUUUUUUUUCUUUUUUUCUUACCACUUUAUUCUUUCAGAGUUUAAAGAAAAUGGACUCAUGCACAGAACACUAUGCAUUUUGAAACUUGUUCAUCCUGGAUUUUUUUUUUUUUAUCAUUUGUUAUCUCAGAACUUAAAUUAGAUGUCUUCUGCACAGACUGUGUGAAAGAAGAUGCUUUGCAUAUUUGCUGCACUGCAUCAACAUCUUACUAAAAAUGUGAAAUGAAAGGACUAUUGUACACUGAAAUGCUUAAAUGUAUCUGAAAGCACAAGGUGAUACUCAUUUUUGAUAGUCUUUCCAUUUGUGCUGGUUUUUGCCUCUUUGACAUCUGUCAUCAGUAUUUGGAGGGUGAGAAGUGAAUGUAACAGGUAUAAAUAACAUUUUAAAAGCUUACAGCUUUGCUAUAAUCACAUUGUUCCAGAGCACUGUCAGAUUCAUUCUAAUGACCAGAAGUGGUUGUUUAAAAACAAAAAAAAAAAGAAAAUACAACCAUGGGAAAGAAAUCUUAAAUGAAAAAAGCAUCUCAUUGUAGGCAUUCUUGCCUCAUAUAUUACUGGGCCAUGUUUGUUUCCUGGUACUCAUAAAUAUAUGUAUUUUGUUUCCAGAUCUCUUUCCCCAAGUUGCUGUUAUGAAAGAGCAUUCUGCUGAGUGUGGAUACAGUUACACAUUAUUAAAGCAGAUUUGGAGUCUGAAGUAGCUAAGCAGCUAUAAAACUGAGAAAUACAUUCAUAGCUGCAGAAACCAUAAUAGGUAGAGGACUUUCCUUUUGGUUUUUGUUCUGUUUUUUUUGGUUUUAAAAAGAGAUUUUUAUUAUAAAGGAAAAAAUUCCAGUGAAUUGUGCAGAAAUACUGGUUUUUACACCACCCUAAAGGAAAACUUAGGGUUUUUUGAAGUAGAAAAGUUACUAAAGUUGGGAUCUUAAAUUGUGAAAACAUACAAAAACACCAUUGAGUGUCAAAGUUCUAAAAGGAGAACUCAUUUUGUGCAAUGAACAUAAGGAAAGACUACUGUAUAGUUUUGUUUUUUGGUUUUAUUUUUCUUUUAAAUGAAGAAAAGCUUUGCUUAAGGGUUGCAUACUUUUAUCGGAGUAAAUCUGAAUGAUCCUACUCCUUUGGAGUAAAACUUAGUGCUUACCAGUUUCCAAUUGUAUUUAGCUUCUGGUUGGAAUUUGAAUAAAUGAAAACCUAAAUAAAAUAGGUGAAAGUUCCCUGACUAUUCAGGUGAAUACACAAAACUCGAAGUGGCAACUUUUCUUCUAAGUCGCUUGGGUACCCGUUAUUGAUGACCUUAGGAAGGUUUAUAAACAUGGCUAAACAGUAAACUCAGAAGAGAAGUUGGGUUUAUAAUUUCAACAGGUAUGGGAAUCAAGGACAUUUUGUCAGCUUUUAACAAUUAUCAUCUUGGCCUUAGGCCUGGCUUCAUGGAAAAGAAAAAAAUAUUCUUAAUUUCAGAAUAAUUGUUCACAUGUUUUCUGAUCAAUUGAAAAUUAGAAUCUAUUUGAAAUUAACACUUUCUCAUGGCUGGGUACUGUUCUAAGCUCUUAUCUUAACCUAACAACCCUGAGGGGAUCUAGAUGCAGAGGUUUAGGAACUUGCCCACACUCAUUGUGAGUAGGGGAGGAUUUAAAACCUGGCUGUCUGGCUCUGUAGAGUUAAAAGUUUUUAUUUUAGAAUAAUUUUAAUUGGGAAAGUUCUAAGUAAUACAGAAAGCUCCUGUAUAAACUUCACCCACAAAAUAACUCUUGACAUUUUGACGUUUUGUCUUUCUCCAUAUAUUUAUAUUUUCUGAAUCGUUUGGGAGUUUGAUCCCUUCCCCCUCGGUACUCCAUAUAUCCCAAGUACAAGGAUAUUCUUAUUACCACAGUAAAAUUAUCAAACUCAAAUGUAACAAUGAUAUACUUUAAUUUACCAUCCAUAUUUCAGUUUUGUUGAUUGUCCUCCUAUCUUCGAUUAUGUGGUUUUUUUUUUAAUUUCCCUAUAGUUAGUACAGGAUCAUUGCAUUCAGUUGUCAUGUUUCUAGUCUCCUUUAAUCUUGAACAGUUCCUCAGCUUUUGUUUAAUGACCUUGACAGUUUUGAAGAGUACAGGCCAAUUUUUUAAAACACAGAGUGUCCUUAUUUUACAUUUGAGUGAUGUUCCUUCAUGGUUAGAUUUGGAUUAUGUAUCGUGGCCAAUACCCAAUGUAAGUACCUUAUGCCCCCUAAAGUUAAUAUCCAGAAACACACUGUCAGUGUACACUGUUGAUUUUCAUUUUAAUUGGUCAACGUGAUGUCCUAUUUCCCUAUUUUAUAGUUAUUAUUUUAUAUCUACCCCUCCACAUUUACCAGCAUUCUGUUACAAGGAAGAGCUCUCCUGUCUCUGCUGUUUAUUCAAUAUUAUUACCUAAACAGUAUGGACUCCCUUCCUUUUCAAUGCUGUAUAAUUUUCAUGCCUCUCGUCAUUUUCUUGAGCACUUCUUUACUUUCAAAGCACAAGAUAUGUUCAUCUUGUAAUUUCCCUAUCUCAGCCCCCAGCUCUGAAAUCAGGUAUUUCUCCAAGGAGCCCAAGUUACUUUUAGUGGGAAAUACUAGAUCUGGGUUUCCUGUGUGCUCACUGCUACUAUCAAGUCUGCUUCUGUCCUUUCAGCAGACAGAUCAGCAUGUAUUCUAAUACAACCAAAGGAUAAUAAACCUUUAACUGUUGACUGUG